AUGAAUACUGGCGGCAUGAAUAGAGACGGUUCAGACUCGAAACUAAAUGUCAGAUUCGCCGCACCUCAACGGCUAAAUGUAGGUCAUCCGACCACAUCAUCACCACUGCAUAUGCCCAUAUCGAGAUCAACUAGAAAACCUCUUGUGAGAACCAAGAUAAAAUUAGAUCCCGGGCACAGCGCUCUAGACUGGCAUUCUCUAACUUCCAACCCAGCAAAUUACCAUACAAAGUUUGUUUCGCUACAACUUAUUCAGGGUUUACUCGAUGAUCCGAUAUUCCAAAAGGACAACUAUAAGUUUUCGUCGUCUCAGUUAAGAACGCAGUUACUCGUUCAGAAAAUACCCCUUUACAAAGUAAUGCCCCCUUUGAGAAUAAACAAAGAAAUCGUAAAGAGGCAUUGUAAAGGUGAAGAUGAGUUGUGGUGUGUUAUCAACAGUAAGGUCUACGACAUCUCCAGUUAUUUAAAGUUCCACCCAGGGGGGACGAAGAUAUUAUUGAAGAAUUGUGGUAGCGAGGACUUUAUUACAUUAUUUAAUAAAUACCAUCAGUGGGUCAACUAUGAAAAAUUGUUGCAAGUUUGUUUCAUCGGCAUUGUAUGCGAAUAA